UUUGCCCACCUCCGUUCCGUGCCGCCGGUGGGGCAUGUACCCCGCGCUGUGCCGCAGCUCCCCGCGCCUGCCCCACGCCAUGGCGGGUCCCCCGGGGCUGAAGCCGCUGGUGGCCGUGGGCCAGGUCACCUCCACGCCCAACAAGGAGCUGAACUUCGGCGUCUGCGCCAGGCUGGUGCGGGAGGCGGCACAGCGCGGCGCCUGCCUCGUCUUCCUCCCCGAGGGCUUUGACUACAUCGGCUCCGACACGGCGCAGACCCUCAGCCUGGCCGAGGGACUGGACGGGGACCUCAUGGGACGCUACGCCGAGCUGGCCAGGGAGUGCGGCGUGUGGCUGUCCCUGGGUGGCUUCCACGAGCGUGGCCAGGACUGGCUGACCACGCAGCGCAUCUACAACUGCCAUGUGCUGCUGGACCCCGCAGGUAACGUCGUGGCCGCUUACAGGAAGACCCACCUGUGUGACGUGGAGCUGGUGGGACGCGUCGUCAUGAAGGAGAGCAGCUUCACCAACCCCGGCACCGAGAUCGUGCCCCCGGUCGGCACGCCGGCGGGGAGGCUCGGCCUCUCCAUCUGCUACGACCUGCGCUUCCCCGAGAUCUCGCUGGCGCUGCGGCGUGCCGGCGCCGAGAUCCUCACCUACCCCUCGGCCUUCACCAUCCCCACGGGCUCGGCGCACUGGGAGGUGCUGCUGCGGGCCCGGGCCAUCGAGAGCCAGUGCUACGUGGUGGCGGCCGCCCAGACGGGAAACCACGAGCACCGGACGUCCUACGGCCACGCGCUGGUGGUGGACCCCUGGGGCGCCGUGGUGGCCCAGUGCCACGAGGGAACCGGGCUCUGCUACGCCGAGAUCGACCUCGACUACCUGCACCGCAUCCGCCAGGAGAUCCCGGUGCACGGCCACCGCCGGCCCGACCUCUAUGGCACCGUGGCGGCCGCGGGGCUGGAGCCGGCACCGUGAGCCCCUCCUUGGUGCAGUAAAAUCCGGAGCAGGGCCAGAUCUGCUCUGUUUCAGACUGUUUGUCCCCAAAAGG